CCGGCUCAGUGACUUGCUCAUCUUCCUGAGCUGCUGCUUCCUCUCCUGGAGUUCUCGGUUGUGCGCGAAGUCCGUGGAGGCUGAGAGGGGGAGGCCGUCCCUCAGCCGGACCACGAAGGCGAACAGGAUCAUUGGCAUGGUCCACUUGGCCAAUGAAUCACAAAACGUCUACAUCUUGGGGAGUCAGGCUCGUCGUCCCUCACAGCAGUCAUCUCUGUGCGAUAAGAGGUGGUUUUCAGUCAGCUGUGAGGAUGGUUGAAGAGGCAGCCGAUCAUGUCUGUAUGAUAAGAGGUGGUGUUCACCUGUUUGUGGACAUCGCUUCGCACCCUUACCUCCGUAUCCUUGGAUUAAUACGGUCAAAUAGCUAUUUUAUCUUGAGAGCUAACAGCAUGUUUUGAAAAACCUGUAACCGUAUGAAGACUUAAACUAAAUUUAGACGUGAUUUACAAUACCGAGCAAGUUGUAUGUUCGAACAUCACGCAGCUAACCAGCCUAACUGUGUUCUUCCUGGUCAACCACAACACACGGGAGCCCAGGAGAGACAAAAGAGGCGGGCAAACUCGUUCUUGUAUUUCGCCUUCGUUUCGUUCCCGGGCGUUAUCAUUUCACGACAGAACGCCAGCACCGGGAUGCUCCAGAUCAGCGUUAUUGGCGAGAGGGGGUGACUUUCAGUCCGUCGGCCCUGGGUGGUGGUGACGUGUUGUUCAAGAAACGAAAGUUUGUUUGAACCGAAACCAAAGUAAUGCGACGUCGAGGCACAUCUGUCCUUUUGGAGAAAAAGAACAACACUUUUUAAUCCAAAUAGACCGACAGAAACAUUAUAAGGAAUGGCCUCUGCUAUUUCCUGGUCUGAAGAGGACUUUUCAUGUUCCAUCUGUCUGGAUGUGUUCAACAGCCCAGUAUCCACCCCAUGUGGACACAACUUCUGCAGAACCUGUAUUACAACGUUCUGGGCUGACCAAGCACAGUACAAAUGUCCUGUUUGCAACGCGCUGUUCCACACAAGACCUGAUUUACAGGUCAAUACCUUCAUAUCAGGUAUGGUUGAUCGGUUCAGAAGUUAUGUACUAGUGAAAGAGCCGCCUUGUGUUGAUGCAGGAGAAGUUCCCUGUGAUGGCCCCCAGCUGAAGGCCCUGAAGUCCUGCCUGAUGUGUUUCAUGUCUUACUGCCACACCCAUCUGGAGCCCCAUCGGAGGGUUGCACGCCUGAAGACACAUCGGCUUGUAGACGCUAUGGACCGUCUGGAAGACAGGAUGUGUAAGAAACACAACCGACUCCUGGAGCUCUUCUGCCAGACUGAACAGGUGUGUGUGUGUGUGUUCUGCACAGAAGGGCUCCACAGGUCCCAUCCUGUUGUACCUCUAAAGGAGGAAUAUGAAGUGAAGACGGCCCAGCUGGGGAAGAUAGAGGCUGAAGUUCAGCAGAUGAUCGAGGAGAGACAACGAAAGAUUCAGGGGAUCAAAGACACAGUGGACCGCAUUAAAGCAGACGCAGACAGAGAGUUAGCUGAUGGUGUGCAGGUCCUCACUGCUCUGAAGCGCUGUGUUGAAAAGUACCAGGAUGAUCUCAACCAAACAGUUAAAGAGAAACUGAAAUCCACAGAGAAAGAAGCUGAAGGCCUCCUCAAAGAGCUGGAGCAGGAAGUAGAAGAUCUGACCAAUAGAAGCUCAGAGGUGAAGCAGCUCUCACACACUGAAGACCACCUCCACCUCCUACAGACCUUCAGAUCCCUGAAAAAUCCUCCACCUACCAGGGACUGGACGAUGGUGGAGGUCCUUCCUCCGCCAUACGAAGGGACCUUGAGGAGAUCCCUGGAACAGCUGGAGGAGACACUGGACAUUGAGAUGAAGAAGCUGCCUGACCUGAAAACAGAUGGAAAGAAGUCCUCCACGCAUGGGCAUGGCCGGGCCACGCCGCCUCCAGCAGGGGAAGGGGCCACGCAAGAUCAUCACCAGCAUGUCCCUGGGCAAGGACGUGCAGCUGAACAAGGCGGAGCAGGCCUGGAAGCGGACGUGAAGAAGGCCACGCGGGCCGGCAGGGGCGAGCCGGAGGAGCCGGCGGGUGAUCUCACGCCUCUCAGCUUGCUCAACAAGCUGACGCCGCAGAUGUUCCAGCCUCUGAUGAAGCAGGUGACGGAGCUCCAGAUCGACACGGAGGAGCGGCUGAAGGGCGUCACCGACCUUAUCUUCGAGAAGGCCAUCUCGGUGCCCAACUUCUCCGUGGCCUACACCAAUAUGUGCCGCUGCCUAAUGGGGCUCAAAGUCCCCACCACGGACAAUCCGUGUCAGACGGUGAACUUCCGGAAAAUGCUGCUGAACCGCUGCCAGAUGGAGUUUGAGAAGGACAAUGACAACGAUGAGUUAUUUGAGAAGAAGCAGAAGGAGCUGGACACUGCCUCUGAGGGCGAGAAACAGAAGCUGAAGGACACGCUGGAGGCGUACAGGAGGCGAAGGACAAGGCCCACCGGCGCUGGCUGGGUGACAUCGAGUUCAUCGGCGGGCUGUUCAAGCUCAAGAUGCUGACGGAGCCCAUCAUGCACCACUGCAUCGUAAAGCUGCUGACGAAGCACGACGAGGUGUCCAUGGAGUGCCUGUGCCGGCUUAUUUCCAACAUUAGCAAGGACCUGGACCAUGGGAAUGCCAAGCCCCGGAUGAAUCAGUACUUCAGCAAGUUUGGGGAGAUCAUCAAGGAGAGGAAGACUUCAUACUGCAGGACUUGCUUGACCUCCGACGGAACCUCUGGGUGCCCCGGCGUGAGAAGCAGGGGCCCAAGACCAUCGACCAGAUCCACAAGGACGUGGAGCUGGAGGAGCACCGCGAGCAGAUGAAGGUCCAGCAGGCCAUUCUCUCCAAGUCCAGCGGCGUAGACCGCAUG